UUUCCCAGAAUGCUUCGCUCGACGAAGUGACAGUCCGACCCCUCUUGUCUCUCGUACUAGUCGGCGGCUAACAUAGUUGUCAGCGACCGCUGGUUGUCUGUCCGGGCGACCACAGAAUGGGUGUAUCAGAUUUAAAGUUUGACACAAAUGCAGGACCCGUGGUGGAUCUUUCUGCCCAGGGUUUGCAAAAGCUGGAUCCCACUUUCACCUGCUCUGAAGACACUCACACUCUCAUCCUGGACCGUAACCAUAUUAUGAAGCUGGACCAUCUGGAAAGGAGCCCAGGCCUUCAACAGCUGUCAGUAGCUAAUAACCGUCUGGUGAGGAUGAUGGGUGUGUCUCGGCUGAUGGAGCUGAGAGUCCUCAAUCUUCCCAAUAACAGUAUUGGCUACAUCGAGGGGCUAAGAGAUCUCCCUCACCUGAAAUGGCUCAACCUGUCUGGAAACAAUAUUAAGGUCAUCGAGCAGCUCAGCAGCUGUGUUUCCCUUCAACAUCUCGAUCUAUCUGACAAUAACAUAACAGCCAUCGGUGACAUAACAAAACUGGUAGCAUUGAAGACUCUCUUACUCCAUGGAAACAGCAUUACAACACUUCGCACUGUUCCCGCUCACCUACCCGUCCAUUUAUCCAUUCUCUCCCUGGCAGAAAACGAGAUAAGAGAUCUCAAUGAAGCGUCAUACCUGGCACCUCUCCAUGAACUGGAGCAGCUUUCUAUAAUGAGCAACCCCUGUGUUAUGGCCACCCCGUCACUGCCAGGUUUUGACUACCGGCCUUAUAUCAUGAGUUGGUGCCUGAACCUGAAGGUCCUGGACGGCUACGUAGUGUCGCAAAAAGAAGGCCUUAAAGCGGAGUGGCUGUACAGUCAAGGGAAAGGACGUUCGUAUCGACCGGGUCAGCACGUGCAGCUCGUUCAGUACCUCGCCACUGUUUGCCCUCUGACCUCUUCGCCAGCCUUGGAGACAGCAGAAGAUGCCAAGCUGGAGAAGAUCCUCAGUAAGCAGAGGUUUCACCAAAUGCAGCUGUUAGAAGAGACAGAGAGAGACGCAAACUGUCCAAGUCCUCCGCGUCCAACUCAUCUGGACGUGGAGAAGCACAGUCCUCCAGAUGCCGCGCUGCAGGGGGGAAACAGAGAAGUGAAGAUAAACACUGCCGCUGGUCCAACCGAUGCUCCGUCAGUAACAGAGAAAGAGCCGUCUGUGCAGUUCAAUACUUGGGUCAGCUGCGAUUCUUCUCACACAUCAUUGCCAACAGUUCGUUCCCCCAGGUUGAGGGAGGAGCAGAUCUAUUUGGAGGAUGUUCAGACAGAUGAGGAGAAACUCAAUGACAGUCUGCUCUCUUCCGAGUCCACCUUUCUCCCCUUCCCCUCUCAUCUGGAGCCACAAACGACCCAUUCCGACAGCGAAGACGAGACAGAGACGUUUGAACCCGAUUCCUUGGCCCCACAGCGUCCAGCACAGCCCAAAAAGCAAAGCACAAACAAACCACAGCAACAUUCUCCCACAGUGGAUAAACAACACAGGAAGACUCCUGAAGAAGAGGUAACUUCAAGUGCAUCCACAACAGUUCUUUCCCCGGGGUUCAGAGUUAGCACGCCACUAAACGAUCUGGACACGUCCUCCAACUCUGGCAAAGUAGAGAUGAAGGAAGCCCCCAAGCAAGAAGACACUGGUUUGUGUGUCAGCAAAUCAAGUUUGAUGGAGGCUGAGAAGGCAGCGGUGAAAAUCCAGUCCUGGUGGAAGGGACACUACACCCGAUGGUGUCACCCCAUGGCCAGAGAGGUGCGCAGCGAAAUCCGCCUGCGCAGGAUGCAAGAGCAUAUCCUCUAUCUGUCUGAGAAGCUGGGCAGUGUGCAGAGGCAGUACGAGGAAGAACGACUACAGAGGCUGGUUCAAGAGGAAGCUGUGAAGUUUCUGUGGAAAGAGCUCCAGUCUAUGCAGCAGUGGAAGACGUCUGUGGAGCAGCAGCUGGCUAACAUGACUCAGGUCGUCGCUGUGGCUCAGGUCUCAUCACCCGGACCAUGUAAGGCCUCCCCGCCCGUUGCCUCCAGCACAAAGAACCCUCCCAGCACGGACGUGUCAUUCCCAGACUCCGGCUUCCAGUCGACAAGCAAUCAGCCUUCGGUCCAGGACGACAGCUUCCUAAGCAGUGGCACGGAGGACUCUCUGAAGACGGUACGGGCGCUGAGCCCCGUCCGUAGCGGCGUGGACAGCUCGGACUGCAGCCUCCUGGAGCAGUACCUCUCCUCUGUGCAGCAGAGGGAGGAGGAGGCCGAGGAGGCGGUCAGCGACAGAACAGAAACGCCUCAGCUCUCCUCGCCCGUCUGCUCCGGCGAAACGGCACAGUCGGGCUCCCCAGCACAGAAAGUAGAAGACGGAGUGGAGAGAACAGACGGAGGCGGUCUCAGCCCCGUCUGAGGAUCCAGACCUGCACAGAAUUCCCGUGUGUGUCAAUCAGCACCUACAACAUUUUCAUUUGAAAAUAGCAUUUUGUAUUUGUAUUCAAAGUCAUCCAGUUCACGUACCGGUAUAAACAGGAAACGUUUUCCAUCGGCUGUUUGUUAACUUACUUUCAGAAAGUAGUACUAACGGGAAACAACAAUAGUAAAAUGUAAUGAUUUCACUUCUGAGACCAAAGAUGAGGUCAUAGAGAAAUGAAGUGUUUUAAAUUAGUUUUUUGCUCAUUUCCUGAUUUAUUUUUGUCAACCACAUCCAGCUCCUUUGAAACACUCGCUCAAGUGACAUUCUUGCUCCUACUUUGUUCCUUGUUUGUAGUACUUUUAGAAAAACUAAGCAAACAACUGCAGAGGAGAGAAUCUAUUUCCUGUUUUUAACUGGUAUACAUGCAUUAGAUGACUUCUAGUCGGAGCUGGUUUUCAUCUUUAAAAAAAUGCCAUUUUCAAAUGAAAACACUGUAGCAUUAGUGUUUGAAACGCAGCCUGUAAUCUUUUUAAGCGAAAACGGAAAGAGAAACACUUUGAGAAGCGUUUUGAAAUCUUUCCUCUGUCGAGGUUGAAUAGCACCAGGGUAAUGUGGACAUGUGGCUUGUCCAUAGCCAAAAAAAGAAAGUAGAUGUAGCCUUAAAUGUCUGUUGGAGAUGUUUUGAAACUUUGGUCGAUGACUGAAAACUGCACUUGUCUUGAAAACUGACCCGCGUCUCAAAUAACAGCAAAAAAAAAGAAAAGAAAAACACUAAAUGACUGUGAAGUUUGUUUUCAUACUUCACCACCUGUGUACUUUAUUUUAGUUUUUAUGUAAAGACAAUGAUUGUAAUGUAGCUUCAGAAGAAUUUUCUCGAUCACAUGCGGUGAGGACGGUUCCUCCCAUUUCUAAUAAAAUCGGACGCAGUACCCUACUACAUUAUUAUUGUAGUCAGAUUACAGAUUGGUAUGUUAAAAUUGAAACCACAGACAUUUACUGUAUCUGUGCAUACAAACGAAUUAAUGUGAAUAAAUGAAAAAACUUCUGUGUGAAAACUAUUUAUUAACUUAUAACCAGCUGGUCAAAACGUCAUGUAUAAAUGUGUAAAACUUGGAAAAAGUACAGCAAUAGAAGGAACAAUGCAGCAAAUGUGAAAUGUUAAUGAUGACGACGACCCGUUUUAUUACUGUGUAUUUUUAAGACGUUCCCGUUCUGUUGUUUGCUUUGCUGAAAUAAAAAUGUUUUGAUAAUAA